AUGAACCAGGCCUUCUGGAAAACCUACAAAUCCAAAGUGCUUCAGACCCUAGGUGGAGAAUCUGAGGAGAACCUGGCUGAGGAGAGGGAGAACCCGGUGUUGGUGGAGUCUGAGACAGCGGAAGCAGCUGAAGAGGCCUUCAACCCCAUGUCACAGCUGGCCCGGAGGGUUCAGGGAGUCGGGGUAAAAGGUUGGCUGACCAUGUCAUCUCUUUUUAACAAAGAAGACGAGGACAAGCUGCUGCCAGCAGAGCCUCCUGCAGACCACCCGCUGGCGGCGCGACCCCCGUCGCAGGCGGCAGCGGAGGCGGAGCCCCGCGGACCGGGCUUCUGGGACGCGUUCGCCAGCAGGUGGCAGCAGCAGCAGGCGGCGGCGGCGUCCAUGCUGCGUAGCGCCGAGCCCCCCGCGGAGCCGGACCCCGAGGCCAGCGAGGAGGCCGACGAGCGCCCCGAGCCGCCGGACGCCGACCCUGCGGCCGGCUUCAAGUGGGGCUUCCUCACCCACAAACUGGCCGAAAUGAGAGUGAAGACUGCGCCCAAGGGCGACUAGCCGGCCGGCGGAACUGGGCGCCUGCUCCUCCCCAGCUCCCAUAAAAGCCUGUGGCCGGA